AUGGUCAUACAUGUCCUGUGUGGUCUGUAUACUUCUGGAAGUUACGAUAAAUCUAUCCAUUUAUGGGAUGUUAAGACAGGAUAAGAAAAAGCAAAAUUGGAUGACAUAGUAAUUCAAUUUGGUCUGUUUGCUUCUCACCUGAUGGAACUUCCCUUACAUCUGGUAGUUUUGAUAACUCUAUACGUUUAUGGGAUGUUAAUAGCAGAGAACUUUAAUUUUAAAUGGAGAAUUUGUGAAUUAUUAAGGAAUAGAUUUACGAUCAUUAUUAAAACGUAAAGGGAGUAUUUUUUUUUGAAUGUUAACAGAUAAACUAAUAAAAGUAAUAAAAUUUAUUAUUAGAAAUGUUAAUUAUAUUUGAGUUAUUUAUUAAUUUGUCAUUUCUUUUUAAAUUUUUACAUUUUUGUAAAGGGGGUUGAAAGACCUAAAACUAAAACAAAACGCUCUGAUCAUAAACACUGGACAUCUGAGCCAUAGAAAUUUUAUUACAUUUCUGCUGCUUACAAUCAACUCCUAUUGGUGAAAAUAUCCCAGCACAUUUAAUAUUAAUUUCUUAAUAAUUACUCUAAGGAUCAUUAAAACAGAUUUGGCUCUGUUUUUUACUUAUUUUUUUCAACAUAAUCUU